AAUAAUCAAUUAAGUAACUUUAUUCAUUAUUAAAAUGUACAAAAUUCAUUAUUAAUUUUUAAUUUUCGAAUAUUUUAUAAUAUAAAUAUAAAAUUGGAUUAUAAUGUAUAUAUAAUUAUAAACAUAUGACACAUUAAUCAUCAUGAAUCUUUCGUUAUCAAUUAAUUACAAUUAGAUAUAUAUAUAUUUUUAUUUUUUUAUUUUAUUUUAUUAAAUAUAUAUACAUAUAUUUUUUCUGCUUAAUUUUGUAAUUACAGCAUUAAAGGAAAUCAUAUUUAUAUAGUCAUGUUUAUAUAAAAUAUAUUUAUAUAAUAUCAUAUUUAAAUAACUUGUUUAAUUUAUAUCUUAUCUCGGACGAGUAUUAUCAACGAAUUUAUAUCCAACAAAUUCUAAUAUCAUACAAAUAUAUAAGUAAAAUAAGUAAAAUAUAUAAGUAAAAUAUUUAAAUAAUACGUAUAUAUAUGUAUGUUUUAUAAUGUUUUAUACAACAAUUAAAAUAUCAAACCAUUAGUUUAAAUAAUAAUAUUACAUAAAUUAUUUAAGAAAGAUUUAUACUUUUACAAUGUUAUAAAUAAUGUAGAAUAUCCAGCUUUGUAAAUUUUUUUUCUGUUAUAAAUUAUAAAUUAACUGAAUUAAAUGAACUUUAUCCAGUCUGAUACAAUAUUAACUAUGCAUAAACGUCGUAGAUCAUCGAGUAGAUAUAAACCAUCUUUGUUUUGUUUAAAUCAAUUUUAUCUUUGACUAUAUAUUGCGGCAUAAGUAUUACACGAAAUGUUUUUUAAUGUAACUUCAUGUAGAUUAUCGAUCUUCUAUACAUUUAUUUAAUAUUAUAAUAUUAAAUUGUAAUCACUUGAAUGAUAUUUAAAAUAAUAUAAAUCUUAAUCUUGUUUUUUCUUUUUGUGUUAUAUUUUAACCUGAUAUGUCAUUGAUUGUAACCACUUAAUUGUGUGAACUGAUUUUAUUGAAAACAUGAAUCGUGUAUUUAAGCUUGAACAAAUCAAUAUAGUAAUUAUUGUUCUUAAUGAUAGUCGCAUGUUUAAUUCUAUAAAAUAAUAUAAACUUUUAUAGAAUGUAUUCAAAUAAAAUUGAGAAUAAAUUAAAAGAUAUGUGACAUAAUAACAAACAACUGUAUCAGAUAGUCAAACAAAAUGAUGAAGAUUUAUAAAAAACUUGCUAUCAUUUCUUUAAUAGGUUCAGUAUUAACAAUUAUUGGAUUAAUUACAGGAAUUCUUUGGUCUACAAUUUAUUCUUCAAUUAUACAUACGCAAUUAUCUUUAACACCUACAUCUACAAGUUACAAGCUUUGGGAAGUAACACCUAUUCCUAUGUAUCUGAAGUUAUAUAUGUUUAAUUUAACAAAUUAUGAAGAUUUUAUUUCAAUUAAUGGAACAAAACCAAAUUUUGUGGAAAUGGGUCCUUAUGUAUUUAGAGAAAUUGAUUAUAAAGUAGAACAAAAGUGGCAUGAAAAUGAUACUAUAACAUAUCAAAGAAAAAGAGUAUGGUAUUUUGAAAAAUCUUUAUCAGCAGGAAGUUUACAAGAUAAUGUAACUAAUAUAAAUCCUAUAACUGCUAGUGUUGCAUAUGCAUUAAGAUAUCAAAAACCUCUUAUUCGUGAUAUAGUAGAUAGAAUAAUGAAAGCAAUAGAUCAAAAAUUAAUAAUUACCAAAACUGUUAAUGAAUUACUUUUUGAAGGUUAUGAUGAUCCUAUGUUGAAAAUUGCUCGAAAGAUGAAUUUUACUAAAAUUCCUUUUUCUAAAUUUGCUUGGUUUUAUGGGAGAAAUGGUUCUGCAACUUAUGAUGGAACAUUUAACAUGUUAACUGGUAAAUCUAAUUUACUUAAUGUAGGAAUAGUCAAAGAAUGGAAUUUUAAUACUAGAGUAAAUUAUUAUCCUGGAGAAUGUGGAAUAGUUAAAGGUACAAAUGGUGAUUUAUGGCCACCAUUACCUGAUAAUAAAACUAUUUCUUUCUUUGUACCUGAUAUUUGCACGAGUAUGUCAGUAACAUAUGAUAAUACAACUAUUCAUGAAGGAUUAAGAGGUGCUAGAUAUAUUAGUGAUGAUACGAUAUUUGAUGAUGGUACAAAAGUAUCGUCGCGUAAAUGUUAUUGUGUAGGAGAGUGCAUUCCCUCUGGAGCAUUAAAUAUUUCAUUAUGCAAAUGGGGUGCUCCAGCAUUUAUCAGUUUACCACAUUUUUAUUUAGCAGAUCGAAGUUAUAGAGAAAAUAUCAAAGGAAUGGAACCUAAUAAAAAAAAACAUGAGCUUUCAAUAUCCAUAGAACCGAAAACGGGUGUUCCACUAAACGUAAAUGCAGCAUUACAAUUAAAUUUAUUGGUACAAAAUGACGCUCAUAUGAGCAUAUUUAAAAAUGUUAAGAAAACAUUUGUACCAAUGUUAUGGUUUACUCAAGAAGCUUAUUUAACUGCUAAUUACGCUCGUAUUAUAAAAUUUAUUAUUAUUCUGGAAUCUUUAGGUAGUAUAACUUGUUAUGGUAUUGCCUGUAUUGGCAUUUUAUUUAUAUCUAUUGGCAUUUUCUUAUAUAUUAGACAUAAUUUUAGAGGAGAAGAAAAUCAAGUUUUAUUGUCAAAAAGAUUUAUCAACAAUGAUGAUAUUACUAGUAUUAAUGAAUGAUUAGUAUAUGAAUAUUAGAUUAUAUAAAAAGAUAUUGUAAUCAAUAUGACCAAAAGAUAAAAAACGGUCUUCGAAAUUCAAAAGUUUUUAAACUUUAUUGAAACUGAUAUAAUAUAAGAUAACAUCGAAAUAAUUGUGAAAAGAUUAUAUUAAUAGAAAUUUAAUGCAUUGUUUAUAAACAUGCUUUUAAAUUGUACGAUAAUCAAGUGCCUCAUUGCUUUAGUAAAAAUGGAUAUUAAAAUUAGCAUAAAAGUAGAUAUUUCGAAUAUUUGAGAAUGAUAUGCAUAUCUUUCUUAAACAAACAAUAGAAAUUUGUAAAUUUUUGUCUUUGUCUCUCCUAUUUUUCUAGCGAUUCAAAAUAUAUAUUAUAUUAGAUAUAUACAUAUUUUUAUCUAUAUAAAAUAUAAAAAAAUAAUAAAUAUUAGAAUUAUA